AAAAAUUGUUUUAGGUUUCGUUGAAGAAGUGCAUUGAAAGUAAUUUUUUUUUUAGCUAUAUAAAAUUAUAAAUUCUUAUUAUAAUGAGUGGAAGAGAUAUAAAUCCUUUUGCUGACCCUAAAGAAAUCAAUCCAUUUGCGGAUCCUUCAAUAUCAAAUUUUUCUGUUGGGCAUGAUAAAAAUUUAGACAAUUAUAACCCCUUCGAAAAACAAGGAGGAAAGAGUGCGACCUCUCCAUCGUAUAAUACCUCACCAGCAAUGAUUGAACCUACAAACUCAGAUCCUCCUCCAACAUACCAACAGAGACCAUUUGUAGCUUCAAAUCCUUAUGGUCAAACUACUGAACGACAAAGACAAGAAGAGCUUGAAAGAAAAGCUGCUGAACUUGAAAAAAAAGAACAAGAAUUAAAAAGAAUUCAAUCUUCAGCGCAAAAGGAGAAUAAUUUUCCUCCCCUUCCAAAGUUUUUCUGUAUGCAACCAUGUUUUUAUCACGAUAUUUCACUCGAAAUUCCAAUAGAAUCUCAAAGAACAUGCAAAAUAUUGUUUUAUCUUUGGCAAUUGUACAGCUUUACAUUAUUCUUCAAUUUCAUUACGGCAAUAGCACUUCUAGCAACAGGUGGUAAAGAUGGAGGCACAACUUUAGGUGUAUCAAUACUCUACAUGGUUUUAUUUAUUCCUUGUUCAUUUAUAUGUUGGUAUAGACCCAUAUACAAAGCUCUAAAAAGUGACAGUUCGUUUAAUUAUAUGAUGUUUUUCUUCGUCUUUUUUUUUCAAAUCAUUUAUGAUGUUAUUUGUGCACUUGGAAUUGGUUUGUUUGGCUCUUGUGGGUGGAUUAAUGGUGCAAGCGAAGUCAACAAUAAUAAGGCAGUUGCAGGAAUGAUGUUUGUGACUGCUACUUUAUGGACCCUACUUGCUAUAUUUAAUCUCUUACUGUUGAGAAAGGUUCAUUCUGCUUACAGACGAAGUGGAGCAAGCUUUGAAAAAGCGCAAGUUGAAUUUGGUCGCGGUGUAGCCUCAAAUAAAAAUGUUCAAAAUGCAGCUGCUGAAGCUGUUAAAGGUGGAUUACAAUCAGGAACAAGAUACUAAUAAAUGGUGUUGUUUGUAGUUUUUUUUUUAAAAAAAAGAUACUUUGUUUUCAUUGUCGGUUAUGGUAUGAACCAUUUAAUUAUAAUUGAGAAAUACGGUUUAAUAUCUUACUAAUUUUGAGAGUUUAUUGUAAGGGUUUUUUCUAUGUUCUAGUUUUACUUACGAUUUUAUUUUGAACGUAAUUUUGUUAAUGUUUAUUUUGUUAAUUUUUAAAUUAUUGCUGACCUUUUUUGUAAUCAAUCGUUUCAGGCGCAAUUGCGCAUGUGCAUACUUUUCUGUUGUUUUAUAUUUGUUGGUUGUUGCUAGUAUGAAUUUUAUAAAUUCUUUACUUCAUGUUAAUGUCUUAAUUUUUAAAUAAAAGUUUUUACACUUUAUUGCAUUGCAUUAGUUUUUUUCUUUUCUUUUUUUCUAGUAUUUUCUUUUUUGUUUGUUUAGCUAAUUUAUUUGAUUUUUGCUUUUAUCAUUUAUAAAUAUUUUUGUAUUAUUGAAAAUGAAUUGCAAAUCAGUGUUGAUAAACGGCGUAAAUAUUCUCGCCUCCACUUUUCUUCCCCAGCAGACGACGGCUGCCCCCCAAUUAAUUUUUAGCGGCAAAAUUUUAUUUAUUCCGCCUCCACUGGCUUCCGCCUUUCGCAGUUUUUUGGAGGCAAAAUGCUUUACAGACCAACGCCAAUAGAGAGGCGGAAGCCAAUGGUGGCCGCCUACAGAAGAAAUUUUGAAGGCAAAACCAUUUGGAAGCCGCCUCCAAAAACUUCUGCCUCCCAGCUGGCUGCGGCCGCCAAAUCGGAGGCGGAAAUAUUUGCCUCCCACCGGCGAAUGUGAUGAAAAAUUAUUACGCGUUUGUCUAUAAGUUAACGAGCAAUUAAAAUAUUAACUGAGAACUAAAUGUUAAAUAUUUGA